AUGGACAGCAACGAGGUGACAAUUUCUUUGGAGGAUUCCCACAGUCUUAGGGAGAGUUUCGCCAGUACAACCAGUGGACCAUGUUGCGGCUUAGAACGUGAUUUUGAUGUCGAUAUUCAGAUGGAGGAUACGGAUAAAGAGGAGCUGAAAACACCCAGUGAAUUGCAGAAACCUCAAGGAACCAACAAGAAGUGUUCUAGCGAUCUGUCCGGAGGAAAUAGUUAUGCCACAAACAAAAACGUGGCUGAAGGUCUUAUGGAUAUUGCCUUGCUUUCGGCGAAUGCCAAUCAGCUGCGUUUUUUGAUAACUUACAACGACAAGGCCUCUACCUACAUAUACAGUUUGAUUAUGGUGAUACUUUCCCUUGUGCUCCAGCUAUUAGUUGGCAUAAUGCUAAUAUUUAAGCGUCGACUCAAGCGCUUUAAGAAUCGAAGCUACGAAAGAACAAAUGAUCUGCUGGUGAUGGGAGUUUUCAUGAUCACAGUGGUCAACAUUUUGCUGGCUGCCUUCACGACAACCGAUGGAACCAGCCAUUGAAGAAAUAUACCUCCACUCCUAACAUCUUUUAUAUGUAUUUUAUAUUUGUAUAUAUUUUAAUUGUAUUUUAUACAAUAUAACAGAAAGAACUA